ACAAACGUGGAGAGGAAUUUUGCGUGCAGGCGGCGGCGUGAAGGUCCUCACCCUGCCUUCCUGAGGGUGCCACGGGAGGAGACACGGAGUAGCGAGGGGGCAGGAGGCGCACAGACGCGUCAUAUGAGCCUGGGAGCGUCUUCGGCAGCAGCAGCACCGCCUGAGAGCUGUGACUAUGAUGAAGUAACGGAAAUCUCGACAACAGAGACAUCGGAGGGUAGCCAGUCUCAUCUGCAGGUCCCCCGCCCCGAGAACACAGCCACCCCCCCACCCCCCCAGCACCCUGAAGACCCUCCUCCCCAAUCCCGCACAGCUAAGCCAGAGUCCACCCAGCCCCCACCCAGUGCUGCUGCUGCCGCUGCCAUGACCACGGCCGAGGAGGAAGAGUUUGAGCCCAAGGUGGAGGACAAGGGCGGUGAAGCCCUUCCGGAGGGGCCUUUGGACCCCCCCACCGCUAGUGAUGGUGGUGAUGGUGGAGAUGGUGGGGGAGGCGAUGAUGCUGGUGAUGGUGGGGAGUUAUGGGAAGAGGUUGAGGAGGUAGAAGGGAACAUGGAUGGUCUUCAAGAGGAUGAAAAUGAUGACUUUCAGCCUGGCCCGUCCCAUGCCCCUCCUCCUCCCCACCUUGCCCCCUCCUCCCCCCACCACCAGGAUCAUCCACACUACCACAUGGGGAGGUCCCAAGGCGAUGAUGAUACAGAUGAGGACAACAUGGGAGAAACCACUGGCUUGAGUGACAUAGGGGUAAUGGGAGGCCCUGGACAGCCCAUGCCCCUUGCUCACCCUGCCAGUAGUGUGCCCAACGGGAGCGGGGACGAGGAUGACGAUGACGAUGAGGAAGAGGAUGGCCAGGCCCCGGCCCCUGAAGGGGCCUAUGACCCAGCAGACUAUGAACACCUGAGCGUCAGCCCGGAGAUAUCGGAGCUGUUCUCGUACAUCACACGCUACACACCGCAGGCCAUUGAGCUGGAGCACCGCCUGCGUCCCUACAUCCCGGACUAUAUUCCAGCCGUGGGGGACAUUGAUGCCUUCAUAAAGAUCCCGCCCCCUGACGGUAAGCCCUCCAUGGUGGGCCUGGAGGUCCUGGACGAACCCAGCGCCCGGCAGAGUGAUGCCACGGUGCUGGACCUGCAGCUGAGGGCCCUCGCCAAGCACACCACUGCUAAGUCUAUGUCUGUCAAAACAGUGGAGAACGCCGAGAAGAAUGGCAAGGUGAUAGAGAAGUGGGUGCGGGACAUCAGUGAGCUACACCGAAGCAAACCUCCGCCCACCGUCCACUACAACAAACGCAUGCCAGACAUCGACACCCUGAUGCAGGAGUGGCCCGGGGAGGUGGAGGAGCUGCUCAAGGAAGUCAACCUCCCCACGGCAGCCCUGGAAGUGGAGCUCUCAGACUAUGUGGACAUCAUUUGUGCCGUGAUGGACAUCCCUGUGUACAAGAGUCGGGUGCAGUCCUUGCAUGUCCUCUUCACCCUCUACUCGGUCUUCAAGAACUCGGCCCACUUCAGGCAGCUGGCUGAGGAAAACUACAUAGAAAACGAUGACUCCACGGGUGACCAAUUAGUCCUUGAGUAAUGUUCCCUUGCCAUGUAUGUGCUGAGAGGGAGAGAGAGGUGACUUCCAUGGCUAUACUGACAGGGCCUGUGAUGACCUCUCUGUACAGUGAAAGUAAAAGUGAUCAGUUCUCUAUAUAUUGGCGACUUAUCAAAAGAUGGCAGAGCAGGAGAAGCACCAACAUCUUAUAAAUUGAUACUUUGGUUAGCUAGCAGGUGUCUUGUUCAUGGAGGUGAUCCUUGUGUGUGUUUGGUCCAGGGAAGUCAUCAUUCUAGUCAUAUAUCAGAUCUGUGCCUCAAGGUAACAGACUGGCAGCAUGUUAUAGCAGCUCAGAUAUACAGAUACAUAGAUGUGAUAUUGAUGUGCAAGUUGUUCCAUAUAUUUAAUAGAGGUAGUAGACACUCACCGUCCGUUAAAAUAUCUUUACUUCAUGAGAUUAUCUGUGGUCUGUGAAACUGAUACUAUUUAGAAAUACAUAUAUUCUCAUCAAUCUAACUUUUGGGAACCUCAGAUAUAUGAAAAUUAACCCAGUAGCAGCAGGGAUCAUGUUUUUCAAUGGUCCCUCUAAGCAAGAAAAAUAAAAAUAAAUCAUUAUUCCCACAAACCAUUCCAUAAUAUAUAUCAAAGCAUU